GAGAGAGAAAGCGAUGGAAAUUGCAGAGAGAGAUAGAGAGAUGAAAAUGGCGAGCCACGGUUUUAACUUUCGCAUCUCCCAAAUAACUCGUUUCCAAAUAAUUUCUAGGGUAAAGUUAAAAAGCUCUCUCUGUCAAACCUCUGCAGCAUCAGAGCUCUGCUCCUCUCUGGACACAGAGACGUACUCUCCUGUAUUUAAACGGCUGAUGGAUGUGAUGGAACGACCAGAGGCAAGCCCUGAUAUGUGUGAAACCGCUAGAGCCCUCGCCAGAAGUGCCUUAGCUAUCUUAGCCUCUGCUUUAAUGGCGGGUUCAGUUUUGCAGGCAGUUUAUUCCCCCUAUUCCAGGUAUCGUAGGGCGGUUUUUUGAUGCAAGAUGAGCUCUCAAGAAGCGGAAACCAUGGCGUGGAGCUUGAUAACUCAGAAAUGGAGGAGUUGGGAGCGGUUUGUGGUUCUUCUCGUUUUCCUGAGCAGUUUGAGCUCGGUUUCCCCAGAAGAAUCAGAUGAUGGGGCAACACUCUUGGAAAUCAAGAAAGCCUUUCGUGAUGUGGACAAUGUCUUGUAUGACUGGACGGGGGCUUCAUCUUCCGAAUACUGCUCAUGGAGGGGAAUUACUUGUGACAAUAUGACUUUUGACGUGGUGUCCCUCAAUCUCUCGGGGUUGAAUCUUGAUGGAGAAAUUUCUCCGGCAAUUGGAAACUUGAAAGGCCUUCUCUCUAUUGACCUGAGAGGAAACCAUUUGUUGGGGCAGAUUCCAGAUGAGAUUGGUGGAUGUUCUUCUUUGACAAGUUUAGACCUUUCUUUCAAUGACAUCUAUGGGGAUAUUCCAUUUUCCAUCUCCAAAUUAAAGCAGUUGGAAUACCUAAUACUCAAGAAUAAUCAGUUGAUGGGACCCAUACCUUCAACAUUGUCUCAGCUCCCAAAUCUGAAAAUAUUGGACCUGGCCCAAAAUAAUCUAAGUGGAGAAAUACCAAGGCUCAUAUACUGGAAUGAAGUGCUACAAUUCUUGGGUUUGCGAGGAAACAACUUUGUUGGAACUCUUUCUCCCGACAUAUGCCAGUUAACUGGUCUAUGGUAUUUUGAUGUGAGGAAUAAUAGCUUGACCGGGAGCAUUCCUGAGAACAUUGGCAACUGUACGGGGUUUCAAGUUCUGGACUUAUCUUACAAUCAGCUCACUGGAGAGAUCCCAUUCAACAUAGGUUUUUUGCAAGUUGCGACAUUGUCUUUGCAAGGAAACCAGUUGAGUGGGAAAAUUCCAUCUGUGAUUGGAUUGAUGCAGGCACUUGCUGUACUAGAUUUGAGCUGCAACCUUUUGAGUGGGCCGAUUCCUCCAAUUUUAGGCAAUUUGACUUAUACAGAAAAAUUGUAUUUGCAUGGAAACAAGCUGACGGGGCCUAUUCCCCCAGAAUUGGGUAACAUGACGAAGCUUCACUAUCUGGAACUUAACGAUAAUCAACUAACUGGGCAGAUUCCAUCUGAACUUGGGAAGCUGACGGAGUUAUUUGACCUAAAUCUAGCAAAUAAUUAUCUUGAAGGACCCAUUCCAGAAAAUUUGAGCUCCUGUGUGAAUCUUAAUAGCCUCAAUGUGCACAACAAUAGAUUGAAUGGAACUAUCCCUCCGGCAUUUGAAAGGCUUGAGAGCAUGACAUACUUGAACCUGUCAAUGAACAACCUCAAGGGUGUUAUUCCCAUUGAGUUGUCCAGAAUCAGUAAUCUGGACACCCUGGACAUCUCUAGCAACAAAAUCAGUGGUUCUAUUCCAUCGUCGAUUGGUGACUUGGAACACCUGCUCAAAUUAAAUUUGAGUAGAAAUCGGUUGGUUGGAUUUAUUCCCUUGGAGUUUGGAAAUCUAAGGAGUGUUCUGGAUAUAGAUGUAUCAAGUAAUGACCUCUUUGGCCGGAUCCCACAAGAACUCAGUCAGCUGCAGGACUUGAUCUCUCUGAGAGUAGAGUACAACAACUUAACUGGGGACAUCACCUCGCUUAGCAAUUGUUUGAGUCUUUCUUUCCUAAAUGUAUCAUAUAAUGACCUGGUUGGGGACAUUCCUGUUGGUAAUAACUUCUCGAGGUUUCCUCCGGAGAGCUUCUUAGGUAACCCUGGUCUUUGUGGAUAUUGGGUUGGUUCUCCUUGCCAUCCUUACCAUUCCCGACCAAAAGCCUCCGUCUCCAGGUUGGCCAUAUUGGGUAUUUCACUUGGGUCUCUUCUCGCCCUUCUCACAAUCUUACUUCUGGCGUGCCGCCCACAAAAACCUGCUCCCUUCCCCGAUGGAUCAAUGAGUAAGCCAGUUACUACUGCUCCAAAGCUGGUGAUUCUCCACAUGAACAUGGCUCUUCAUGUGUAUGAUGAUAUUAUGAGGAUGACUGAGAACCUAAGUGAGAAGUACAUUAUUGGUUAUGGUGCAUCGAGCACUGUGUACAAAUGUGUGCUCAAGAACUGCAAGCCAGUUGCAAUUAAAAGGAUAUACACCCACUUCCCUCAAAGUUUGAAGGAGUUCGAAACAGAGUUGGAAAUCAUUGGGAACAUAAAGCAUCGAAACCUGGUCAGUCUUCAGGGUUACUCUCUUUCCCCAUGCGGCAACCUGCUCUUCUACGACUACAUGGAGAAUGGCAGCUUAUGGGAUCUUUUGCAUGGGCCAUCAAAGAUGAAGAAGCUGGACUGGGUCACACGUGUAAAGAUUGCACUAGGUGCAGCCCAUGGUUUGGCUUACCUACACCACGAUUGCAACCCUCGUAUAGUACAUAGAGAUGUCAAGACGUCCAAUAUUUUGCUGGACAGUGAGAUGGAGGCUCAUCUAACUGACUUCGGAAUAGCGAAGAGCUUACUAUGGUCCAAAGCCCACACGUCUACCUAUGUGAUGGGGACUAUAGGAUACAUAGAUCCGGAGUACGCAAGGACCUCUCGCCUCAAUGAAAAGUCAGAUGUGUAUAGUUACGGGAUCGUGCUACUCGAGUUGCUUACUGGAAUGAAGGCUGUGGACAAUGAGUCUAAUCUUCACCAUGUGAUCCUUUCGAAGGCUGCCUCCAACACAGUAAUGGACACCGUUGAUCCUGAAAUCCUUGACACAUGCAAAGAUCUGAAUGCAGUAAAAAAAGUAUUUCAGCUCGCUCUCCUGUGCACAAAACGCCAGCCCUCUGAUAGGCCAACAAUGCACGAAGUUACACGUGUGCUCGGCUCUCUCGUGCCCCAAUCCAUCACCGAUCCAAAGCCCCAAGCUCCUCAGCCGCCACCAUGCGUCCCCCUGAUUGGGAUCUCGAGCACAUGCCGUACUUACAUGGACGAGUACGCGAAUUUGAAGAACCCUAAUUUGAUCGCGUGCACGAGCCUUACCACGACUGAUGGCCACCUCUUUGUCAAAUUUGGUGAAGUAAUUUCCCAAAACACCAGGCAUUUAUAAGAGACUCGAGAUCUGAGGAAGGUGCCUGGUUUGAGUGGAUGAUGCCCCCCAAACCCUGUAUUUAGUUAUACACAAGUGUUCUUAUAUAUGUGGACUCUCUCUCUCGGAUGUGGAGCAUAUAAUCUCUCUCAAAUGGGAGUGAGACUAUACUCUCUCUCUUGGAUGUGGAGCCAAUAAUCUCUCUCAGAUGUGAGUGAGACUGUACUCUCUCUCUCUUGGAGGUGGACUAUAUAGCUCUCUCUCUCUCAUUUUUGAGAUUAUACAAUCUCUGUUGAAUGUGGACUAUGUACGCGCACACUCUCUCUCUGUAAAUAUAUUGUCUCAUAUAAAUUAUAUGUGAGAGUCUGACGCUGUCAACUGUCCGUAAGUGCUUUUCUGGUUGUUCACAUGGUCAUGCCAUUCCACGAAUGGGUAUUGUGGUGCAUUGUAGUAUAAAAUUUUGCACAAGUGAAUCACAGUUAGUUAUAAAACUUAAUGUGGAUUGUAUUUGCCAAGUUUAGGGCGUCUUCUAAUGAAUGG